ACCUACUCGCUCAGGUAAACGUAUCCGAAGCUUGUCCCAUGCGUAUAAGUUAAAUCAGAACUGGGGGGUUGGACUCUGGAGUCUGGAGCAAGGAGAACUGCUUCAGCUCCGGAGCAAGUCUGGCAGUCAGAGGUGAACUUACCUCGCAAGAAUGAUGGAGGAUGAGAAGGAAGGUGGUAGGGCCUACGGUCACUGGUGGUGGGUCCUUGCAAGCGGGGCUCAGUUAGGGUUAGGCGUAUCGUCUUACAGAAGGGGCUACGCCGGCGACUCACGCCUCAUGCCCUUGAAAGCCUUCGUCGUCGCCUCUCUCUUCGUCGGCGCCGCUGCUUCUACCGCCGUAUCAGUUCUCAAGGCAUCCGGCAUCCACAAGGUGGAAGACCUCUUGGAAGUGGGUGCAAAUAUAAGAGCUGGACUUGGAGUUCGUCCAAGGGCGAGAGAUGAGUAAUAAUAUAUUCAUAUAUAUGAAUAUCGAAGAUUUUCGUGUUUUGUAGGGUUUGAAAUUGUUUUUAUAAGGACUUUCAUUUUGUCUGAUUCUCAUUUUUCGAAGGUCAAUGACUCAAUAUGUAUACUCUAUGAAGGAGAUACCAGACUUCGUGCAUCGGUGCACGUGCAAAACACACCUAUGGUUACCCUUUUCUAUUCUUUGCAAGAGAAACUAGCAGAUGCUUUCAAUA